CCUUAGCUUUUUUUUUAAUUGUGUCACUAAUUCAUGUAAAGUAUAAAUGAAUUUUUAAAAUAGUCGUGUUUUUCGAAAACUCGAAAACGAUUCUGGUCCGUAAAUCCAAAGCUUCCGAACUCGGCGCAUUCUCGUGCAAGGCUGAAGGUCAGAGUCCGGAAAGCAGAGCUUGUAAUCGAACCAGAGGCCAAAUAUACGCGAGGCUGAUGUUUUCCUGCGGGGCGCGUUCAUGGGUUCAUGGGGGGCUAUAAGACUAGAGACGAACUUCAAAAAAGAUGAACUCGGACAAGAACAGCUGUGCUUUAAAAAACCAAUUUCUCAUGUGGUAACAUUAUAUGGACAAUGGCAAUCAAUAAGUCAGGUAUCAGGUACUGAAAAUGGCGUUGUGUGUCUAGCGCGCACAGUAUACUGCUUUUUAGUCAUGACAUUUACUAAUUGAUUUAGAUGGUGAUUCUUGAUCAUACAAAGUUACAAUACAGCAUAAUAAUGGAAUAAAACUUGUCUAGGCUGAUAGCUCAAUGUUUUCAAGCAAACAACAUCUUCGGAAAUGUACUCCCGAAAAUGGUACUGACCGAGAAGAGUUUUUGUCAUUGUUAGUGGACGAGUAUUUGAAUUCUAAUUCGUAUGAUGCAAAGUGCCAAGUAUUAGCUAAUUUGGCUAAUUUUGGGUACGAUCCUGUGAAUUAUGAUUACAUCCGACGAGUUGGUGUCCUGGACAUUUUCCUGUAUGUUUUGAAGAAUGAAUCGGACAUCACGUUGCUUCAUUUCGCCUGUGCAGGGAUUUGCAACUUAUGCAUAGAUCAUCUGAAUGCAGAAUAUAUUCUGGCAAAUGCCGGAUUGAAACCAAUUAUCGACCGGUUAGGAAGCCAACACUGUGAAACUGUCGCUGAUACAAUCACUAUAUUAAUCAGUUUAUUCAACAAGGAGACAGGAGCUGAUAUAAAAACUACUGAAGUAAUACAGCGCAUGCACGACUUAGCAAAAUCAGAUGACAAAAGGCUUGUAAAUUUAGCUUCUUUGUUCCUCAAUAUUACUCAUAAUUAGAAUCAUGGAAAAAGUUGAAUGACAACCCUCAAGAUGUUGUCAAACAGAUUUCCAUUUCUAGUUGCCAAUAACAAAAAUUAUCAAAAAAUUUGUAAACUACACACGACAUCGUUUAGCAGUACAGCUUUCAAAGCUGGCGAUAAAAUCCGAAUACAAAAGACAUUGACGCAGAAGGAUCUCGAUGCGUUUUCUAAUCUCACAAGUGACCAUAAUCCGCUGCAUAAGAAUAAUGGGAACAAGAGGCCCAUCGUUCACGGGGCGCUACUGAACGGCUUGGUGGCGGGACUCAUCGGCACGCACCUGCCCGGCCCGGGCACCGUCGUCGUGUCCCAAACCAUGAAGUUUCCAAAUAAAUGCUUUGUUGGAGAAAAGCUGACUAUAAGCGUGGAACUGGUAGAUGUUAGAAAGAUCCUCAAAGUUAAGUUCUUUUGUAUUGUUGAAGAGGAAAAGAAGGUUGUGUUUGAGGGCGAGGCUAAACUCAUUCUAGCCAAAGACUGUUAAUUUUUUUUUACAUAGUUGGUUCUGAAAAUAACCUAAUAUACAUAAUAAGAUAUUAUAAAUACUGUUCACUUUCCAUGCGUCUCCUAGGAUAUGUGAUUUUGUAUAUUAUUUUAUUUUGAAAUACUACAUACAUAUUACCUAGAGUUUCCGGACUGUUCAAAUAAUCCGCACUCUUUUGCCCUAGAAGACACGUCCAUUUUAAGAAAUACAGUUCCUUACACAUUUAUAAUAUUAUCACAUUAUCAGUAUUAUACACAGAAAUUUGUGUUAAAUAAGUUAAAUUCACGGUACCAGGUUUGUCAGGCUAGACCCCUAUCGCUGACGUUGAUUUAGCUCUUCAUAUAAUGAUUAGAUUUUAAUAAAGUUUAUAUGUAUGUUUAAGCUCUGAUUACUAUUUCAAUAUAUUAUGCAUAUAAGUGAAAAUCUAUAAUAUGAAAUGUGAUUUAAUAUAAUAAAUAAUAUAGUGUGCCAAUUAAGUAGCUUCUAACUCUAGGUUAGAAACUAUAAACUCUUGUGAAGUACAAUUUAGGAAUUAUUCUACUAUAAUUAAAAUGUAAGUCCGUCUGGUUAUAUAUCUCUUAUUAAAUGAAGUUCAUCUGAAAUUGUCCAUUAUAGUCAAUAACUUGUUAAGACUGAUAGUCUCUAAUUUAUUGUUUUGUAUUCAAUUAGACAUCCUUAACUGAAGAGGAUUUAUAGAUUUCUAUAUUUACCGCUAUAAAUGUUGUUACCGAAAUGGUUUUCAUUUAAAAAGCUGAAAGGUUUAGCUUGCAAGUUGACAUGUUAGUCGGCUGUGGGCCCUUAAUAGUCAUCUUUUCGCGCGGUAAUUUAUACGCGAUGGGCGGCACUGUAUGAUUUUGUUGUUUAAUCCCGACCACAAAUCGCCUUUUCGAUGCAACGCUGUCUCGACUUCUAGAUGUUCAAUUUACACAAAAUCAAUUAGUACUAAAGUUGAGUUUUCGGAACCGUUAUUAGUAAGGUCCUGAACAGUGGAAUUAUAAGCUAUAUUAAGAGGAAAUACCAGCUGAGCCCCAUCUCAGAUUUCAGAAUUUUAGUAAAAUAUCUCCGUUCCGCUAACGGGGAGGGCCUCUAAUAUUAGUGCAUGAAGGACAACUGCACCUUAGGCGAAAAAUCCUGCGCAAAAAUCCCCGAAAUCGAGGUUUCAUUCUCGACAUUUUUCUCCUCCAAAACUUAAGCAAUCGUAACGAAAUUAUUGGAAGGGAAUGAGAAAUAAAUUACCUGUGUCUGACCGUUUUGAUUUUUGCGUUUGUUUCAUGCUGAUUUUGUAUGCUAGGCGUCUGUUUACGGAGCAUUUAUUUGGCCGUUUUUAGCGCUGUUUGUAGUCACCUAGUUCUUAUAAAAACAAGAAUAUCAAAAACAGCAAAACGUAUAGGUACUAGUAAUAUUGAACUGAUAUAAAAAUAAAAUCAUUUAGGGCCAAAAUCCAGAGAGGAAAAUGUCGAGAACGUUUGUAAGGAAAAAUGACCACUAAUGUUUCCUCUUAACGCUUUAACUGUCGUAAAAAUACGCGGAACUUGGUUGGUUAACUUUUUAAGACUUUACGUCUCUAAACUUAAAUAAUUAACCAUGGAAACUAUUCAUCUCUGUUAAUGAAUAAUAUUUAUUAUUAAUCUCUGUUAAUGAAUAAUAUUUAUUAAUGAAUAAUAUUACAAGCAUCAGCUUGUGGGUUGUGUGUGUGUUUUUUAAAGUAUUUUUUGUUAUAUACAAAUAACACUGCGCAUAAUGAUCUUCACCGAUGUUGCAAGUGAUGUCUGUUGACUUGACCGUCAUGUGUUUAAUAGAAACUGACUAUGUUGAACUCGAUGUUCCAAACCGUCUGUAAUUAUGGAAAAAGUGUGUGCUACACACAAUGUGCAUUUUAGAUUUUCGAAAUGGUUUAAGCUUACUAAGCUGAGGAUUUCACGCAGAAAUUUCGAAACUAUAAAUUAGGGUUCCUAGUUUGACUACGAAGCUCUAAAUAUACUUCGUAAUAUAUGUUUUAGGUUAUAUUUUGUAUAAAGGUAUGCUAAAAUUUUGGCUUAGUGAUCGCAUCAACGUAACAUAUAAUAUUGAGGCAUGUUAGUGUUCUCUCUAUAACAUAAACAUUUUACGGUAUAUUUGUUAUUAUCGAUACACAUAAAAUAUGGGUAUUCUUACAGAAUAAUUAUUGUAUUCUGGAGGCAUUCUCUUCAGCAGAAAAAUGAUAACAAAUAUGACUGUAUGCUGUGCCUCGCUAAUAUUUAAAAAAAUUGCCCAAGGUGCAUCUUGACUUUUUGUUAGUAAGUUCUGUUUAAUUUUAACUGCAAUUAGUUUGUCUACUACUCAGUACAACAAACAACUACAGUUAACCCUAAAGAAUAUGUACAUGGAUAUUAUAUAUGUAGAAACCAAUAAGUUUUUUUAAUUAAAAUAUAACUAAUUGGUUUUUGGGCAUUUUACUUCUAUAUACUUUUUGACUAAAUAAGGUAAGGUAAGACUAUCACUGGGGCAAGACAAACACUUGUAUGGAAUCUUCAUACUGUUUGUCUUGCCUCGAGCAAAACAAACUAUGUUCGUCUUUACCACCCUACCCUAGUGUUUAACAUUAGCUUCGUGUUUGUGACGACAGGUAAUCCGCCGCCGUUAAGAUACCGAAUUAAGUUACAAUGCCCGAUUCACCUAUUAUUAUAGGAAGGUACAUUUUGUAUUACAUAUAUUGAGCUAAGCUAAUCACUCAAUUUGCUGUUACGUUUACUCGUAGGUAAGAUUGUGCCGAAUGGCAAAUGCUGCUUGUUAGCCCUAUGUUAAGAAGCUAGCCUUGCUCGUUAGCCCUUCGGUAAGAAGCUAGCCUUUGCCCGGAGAGUGAUGCUCCACAGCGGACUACUGUUGUCGCUGCCGCUAAUCGCAAACCUCGGCUCUGUUCAGAGUAAGACGUGUGCAGUCCUUUUUGACUUUGACUUGUUUUGUUGUUUAUUUAUUUUACCCAUGCAAUUAUUAUAAAUAUUAAGUAUGAUUUGUAUUUUUUCUCUGUGCCUUGUUGAGUUUCAGUUGACUUUCAUUAAACAUUUUUCUUGUUAGUA